AAGUAGAUACAAAAGCGCUGUCAAAACUGCACGCAGCCACUGUCAGUCUGUGAGGUGAAGGUAUCGUAUACCUAAUUUGCAGUCACUAUGGCGCGUGUUGAAACAUCAUCUAGUAGGCCAUACCACAUGGUUAUCUUCGGAGCCUCUGGGUUUACGGGACAGUUUGUGGUGGAGGAGGUGGCCCGGACCGUGUCCGAGGGUCCGAAAGGGAACUUGAAGUGGGCCGUGGCGGGCCGGAGCAAGCAGAAGCUGGAAAAAGUUCUGGAGCAGGCCGCCGGAGUCCUCAGUAAGCCCGAGCUGAGGUCAGAGGUGGACAUCAUUGUGGCAGAUGUAGAAGAACCAGACUCCCUGGCAGCCAUGUGCAAACAGGCUGUGGUUGUUCUUAACUGUGUGGGGCCUUACAGGUUCUAUGGCGAGCCAAUGGUCAAAGCCUGUGUGGAGAAUGGAGCCCAUCAUAUUGACAUUAGUGGGGAGCCUCAGUUUCUGGAGAGCAUGCAGUUGAACUACAACAGCCAGGCAGCUGACAAAGGUGUUUACGUCAUAGGGAGCUGUGGAUUUGACUCCAUACCUGCGGAUAUGGGAGUCCUCUACACCAGGGACCAGUUCAAGGGUACGCUGACUGCAGUGGAGAGCUUCCUGACUAUCGGCUCAGGAGAGGAUGGCGGAUGUAUCCAUGAUGGCACGUGGCAGUCAGCCAUCUACGGUUUUUCUGACAGCCAGAAGCUCCAGAGUCUCAGGAGGAAGUUUAAUCACAAACCUCUCCCUACUGUUGGAUCUAAGCUUAGACGCAGGGGAACUUUGUUCUUCAGUAAUGAGAUCCAGCAGUACACGGUGCCGUUCAUGGGCUCCGAUCCCUCGGUUGUGAAGAGAACUCAGCGCUUCCUGGUGGACGAGUAUCAGGCCAAACCGGUUCAGUAUGGAGCGUAUGCAGGAAUAGGAGGUAUUAGCAACAUUAUCAAGCUGAUGUUUGCUGGCAUGAUGUUCUGGUUCUUGGUAAAGUUCAGUUUUGGACGCAACCUACUCAUCAAGCACCCAGAGUUCUUCUCCUUUGGACUCUUCUCCAAGGCUGGACCAACUAGAAAGCAGAUGGAGGCUUCAUCCUUCCAGUUUGCUUUCUAUGGAGUGGGCUACACAGAGGGACAGGACCCCUCCCAGGGAAAACCUAAUGCCAAGAUCCGCACACUGGUGCAGGGACCAGAAUGUGGAUAUGUGGCCACGCCCAUCGCCAUGGUACAGGCUGCUCUAACAAUCCUCAAUGAACCCGCAGCCUUGCCCAAGACGGGAGGAGUUUAUACUCCAGGAGCUGCUUUUGCAAAAACCACACUGACGGACCGCCUCAACAAACAUGGCAUCCAAUUCUCAGUCGUCUAAAGUUUAACCCCCUACCUGAUGCCGUACUCC